CAAAUUACAUGCUAAACACAGUCUUGCCAAGAUGCAGAUGUACCUAGUGCUGGUUCUGGUAGCCCUUGCUGGUAACAGCUUUGCCUUGGAUAGAUGCAGUGUGGUCAGGGCACUGAGGAAUGGAGGUGUUGUUGGGAUAAAAGGCUAUACUCUGGGAGACUAUGUGUGCUUAGUCCACUAUGCAAGUUACUAUGAUGAAUACCUAAACCGAAGUCCCUCUGAGUAUGGGAUCUUCCAGAUCAACAGCUAUUGGUGGUGUGAUGAUGGCCGAACUGUAGGACGCAAGAACCUCUGUGGAGUACCCUGCAGAAAUUUAUUGGGAGAUUACCUUGGUGAUGAUAUAAGGUGCUUAAAAAGGAUUGUAAGAGAUCCUAAAGGACUUGGAGCUUGGAGCGUUUGGAGAAAUAAUUGUCAAGGAAGGGAUCUAAGCCGUUUUACCAGGGGAUGUUAAAGGCCCUUCAACAGAAGAUACCCUAUGUUGUUUAACACAAGAAACUUUAUAUAUUUGUCUCUUUUUUUUUUUUCUGAUGAUGAUCCCUGGAAAUAAAUACAUCAAUUAUACAAAUAAAUACAUCAAUUAUACAAAUAAAUACAUCAAUUAUUGCUUUAAA